AGCGCGAGAAAAUGCAGUCACAUCUCAGGCUGGCUCCACUGGGGGACAUCUGUCAGAAUUUAACACUUUUCGACAACAGCACAAAAAUUGUUAUGCACACAAAAGAAACGACGAUAAGAAAGACAACGACGAAAGAUGUUGAUGACGACGACGGUGGCGACGGUGACGAUGGCGACGCUUCCCGCGCUUGCGACUGUGCGGCUUGAAUGUGUUGCGAAAACUAACACAGAAACAGUCCACAAGCAAGCCCAAUGCUCGAAGCCGUCGACGUUGCCGUCAAGCUGUCGAGCGCCAACAACAACAACAACAACAACAGCAGCAACAACAAACGUGGCUCAACAGCCGCGUCGCGAUGCUUCGCUGAUAACUUGUCUAGCGGCAGCAGCUGCCGUCACAUGCAAUGUGGCACCACAUUUUGGACAGCAGUGUAGCCUAAGCCGCUUGAUUUAAGACCUGCAACGCAUUGACAACAGACAAAAGAAAAGAGAUAGCAUGAGGCAAUGCAGAAAGCAGCGCUGUUAAAUUUGGCUGUGGAAUGCGUUUACUAUUCCAAUCGCUGGAAUCUACUAGAAAAACUGGGCAGCAUUUUUGGAGUUUAUCUUGAAAUCGAAAGUAAAACCAAAUGGGCAGCACUUUUAUGCUUGAGGCGAACUAAUGGAGUGCUCGCUAACAUGUUUGACUCUCAAGAGGUAUAAAUGAAAAAGUCGACACAUUAAAUAUUAAAGUUACUUAACAUGUUAACAACUUUUACUAGCAUAUUGCUCUGCACAUUUACUUAAAGUUUAACUGGGCAAGCGAGUGCUAAAAAUAAACUUAAAAAGAAGACGAUCGUCAAAUCGUUUUGACCAUGCUUACAGCCUGUUUAAAGACUAAGAGCCACACCUUUCGCACACCUUGCGGUCGCUUAAACUCUGACUUAAGUGAUGU